CGUGGAUAUCCGGUUCCCGAUUUUCCAUUCGCUUCUCUGGCUAGGAUAGAGAGGCGCCUCACGGGCAGUUACUUAAGUUUGUUUGCUCAUCCUGGGAUUGUAAUUCGCAAAGCUUGCCAGCCCUGCCUCACUUGCUUGAACCUACUGUUCACACCCCGCCAUAUACACUAUGUGCGAUUAUACCGAAGUUGAAUUUCGUUGUGGCCAUCGUCGAUUUGUUGUCAGGGAGUGGUGUGAGAAGUGGAAAAGAACUCACCGUUGCCGUUUCGCAUAUUAUAGAGAUGUUGUGGGGAUAACUUUCAUUCUGGAAAGAAGAUGCGGCGACUGUAAUAGGGGAACCAAACGCUUCGUUUCAAUGUCCCACGUUGGAAAGUCGUAGGAACCCCAUUACACCCGCCCUCAAUCAUGCAAAGGGUCAUAAAGGGAAGACGUCCGACGCCAAUGAACUUUUGCUAUGUCUGAUCAACGAAUUUCUUUACAGUUUAAUAAAUCGGGAGGAU